UUUAUUUAGUAGCACCACUACCCGAUCUGUAUUUCGUAUUGAUACUGUAUAGCUUUGAUCCAAGUUGGAAAAUCAAAAUGGUGAAAUAUUUUUGCGUCAGCAUUGCGAUUGUGUUUUUUUUAGUUUUGGAAUAUAUCAAUGGCGUGCCUUUCGGUGAAACUACAAGAAAAAUACGUUCAGCAAGGAAUCAUUGCAAUUGUGAAUGUGGAGUUGUCAACAGACGGAGUCGAGUAGUGGGUGGAAACAUCACAAGAUCACAUGAAUUUCCUUGGAUAGCAGGCCUGAGCCAUGGAGGAGAAUACCAUUGUGGAGCAGCACUAAUUUCAAGAAGACACCUUAUCACGGCAGCACAUUGCGUACAUGGGUUUGAUAAAAGAAGUCUUAUGGUAACAUUGGGCGAUCACGAUCGAGCAUCAUCGAAUAGGUUUAGCAAUAUCGACGUUAGAGGCAUUAGAUCAGUCAAAAAGCAUGAACAUUUUGAUAUUGCCACUUACAACAACGAUAUUGCCAUAUUGGAAAUGGACAUUCCUGUUGGUUUCAAUGAUAAAAUUAACCCGGUUUGUUUACCGAACGAUGACAUUAUUGAUUACACUGGAAGAAUUGGUGUGGUUGCCGGUUGGGGAAGAAUCAAUGAACGUGGUGAUACUUCCGAUGUUCUUAGAAAAAUCUCGGUACCUGUAUGGAGUACUCAACAAUGUUACAAUUCUGGUUAUGGCGAACAUAAGAUUUCCGGCAAUAUGUUUUGUGCUGGAUACACUGAGGGACUAGUUGAUGCUUGUCAGGGAGAUAGUGGUGGCCCACUCCAACUUACAAACAGCCUGGGGGAUAUGGAAAUAAUUGGUGUGGUGUCAUGGGGUAGAGGCUGUGCCCGUCCGAAUCUUCCAGGAAUCUAUACCAAAGUAGCCAAUUAUUUACACUGGAUCGAUGAACACGUCGAUGGUGAGUGUGUUUGCCAGAAACAUAAUGCAAGAUUUUUCUAAAGGCCCAUGUUAUUUGUUUAAAAUUAAAGUUGUUCUAGUCAUUUACUUUAUGCUUAAAGUUUUACCACUAAAUCUCAGUUUAAUGAGAUGAAAUCUUAGUUUAAGUAUUUAUUUGUGAACUUAAUUAAUGUUAGGAUUGAUAAAAUGCUGAAAUUUAUACUUGACCUUUGAAUAAGGAACCUAAACCUUGCAAAUGAAAAAUUCACCGAUAGCCUUUGCCUUGCAUUAAGUUAAAAUUUUAUCAAUGACAAUAAAUUAUAUGGAAGAAAGAAAAAAAUUGAAUAAUGCCCACGCGGAAGUGCGUAAAAAAACUUUUACCAUUAAAAUAAUUAUUGUAUUCAAAUUAGGGUCAUCGAUUUGUUUCUUAAUUCAUCAAUGCCGCAUCUAUUUUUACUUUGACCGUCAAAAAUUAUUGUAUUAUUAGUUCUAUUCAAGGUAAGGUCAACGUAAAAAUUUGUCACAAAUGUCACGUGUCUAUGCGAAAUGUCUUUAACUAGUUAACAUAAAAUGCAUAGAUUCCAUUUAUUGAUACCUACAUAUUUGAGUAAUUUUUUUGUUCACACUUCUGAUCUAUAAAUUUUAUAAGGCAAAGGAAUAUUGUGAAUCUAAUAAAUAGUGUUGUGAACCAUCUUCUUUUUCGUUUCUCCUGAAGACCUAGUAAUUUAAACAAUUGAAAUUUCAGUAUUUUACUUUGGCUUUCAAUGCCUUAAUUAGUAUUAACCAGGAUCAGGACAUUUUAAAAUCGGAGUUUUGGCGUUAAUCACAUUCACAACCUGUAAUGUAAACGAAAUUGUCAUUAUCAUACAAAAUAUCUACAUACAUACCUAGCUAAAAACUACUUCUUACUUCUUAGGGUAGGUUGCGUUCUUGAUUUGUAAAUAUUUUGAUCACUAUGAAAAUAAUAAGAAAAAAACUUGUUUUCUCCUUUAUGUAAAAAUGUUUCUCAUAAUAAUUGCAUAAUACAUGCAUCAUCAUAAGCAUGAGACAUUUCGACUUUUUAAUUUUUUUAAAUAGAAAGUUGAAACAGGGAUACCUAUAUGUAGGUAGAUAAUCAUAAUAUGGUAUUGCUUGAAAAUGUUUUCUUUUUUUGUGCGUGUGCCAAUAGUUUGUGUAAUUUUCGAUAAGUAGAUUGUAAUAAAACGAAUUUAAAGUGAUCAAGAAUACUAUGUGCUAUACCAAAGAUAUA